UUGACGUUUGGAUGGAGUUGUGCAGCACAGCCACAGAUGGUAUACAUACUGCGACGUCUUUGGGCGCGACUAUCGAGCACGACCCAAGCAUCAAUAAGCGAGAAAAGACUCGCUUUACAACAACAUGUUGCCUCUGUCACUGUUGACUGCCGCACAAAACAAACCCAUGCUUGUAGAGCUGAAAAAUGGCGAAACAUUCAAUGGUCACCUCGUCAAUUGUGAUAACUUCAUGAACAUAACACUACGGGAGGUGUAUCAGACCAGUGCAGACGGUGACAGAUUCUGGAAGUUGAAAGAAUGUUACAUUCGCGGCAGCACAAUAAAAUACCUGCGAGUGCCGGACACGUUGUUAGAUACUGUGAAGGAGGAGCAAGCACGCGCACGAGAAGCUGGCCGAAGUGCAGCGAGGAGGAGCAGGACCAAAUAUGAGAGGUGGCCGAGGUGCCCCACCAAGAGGCCGUGGAGGUCCCAGAGGUAGCGGACAACGUGGACGUGGGCGAGGGCGAGGAGGGUAGAUUUCCGUCGCGAUCAUCAUUCUGUGAAAUUUACUUUCAGGGUGUCUCAUAUAUGUUCCA